AUGUCGGGCAACAGAAACUACGACUUCUUAAUUAAACUCCUUCUAAUCGGCGAUUCUGGCGUCGGUAAAUCUUGCUGUCUGCUGCGAUUCAGCGAAGAUUCGUUCACGCCGUCCUUCAUCACGACCAUCGGUAUCGAUUUCAAGAUCCGCACGAUCGAGCUAGAUGGCAAGCGCGUCAAGUUGCAGAUUUGGGAUACAGCUGGCCAGGAGCGGUUCCGCACCAUCACGACGGCCUAUUACCGCGGCGCGAUGGGCAUCCUCCUGGUUUACGACGUUACAGAUCAAAGAUCUUUCGAGAACAUCCGGACAUGGUUUGCCAACGUAGAACAGCACGCCACCGAAGGCGUCAACAAGAUCCUCAUCGGCAACAAGUGUGACUGGGAAGAGAAGCGCGUCAUCUCUACGGAACAGGGCGAGGCGUUGGCUAAGGAGCUGGGCAUUCCCUUCCUCGAGGUCUCCGCCAAGAGCAAUAUCAACAUCGACGAGGCCUUCUACAGCCUAGCCGCUGACAUCAAGAAGCGCAUCAUAGUCACCUCUAAGGCGGACGCCCCGUCGUCAGGCGGCGUCAAUGUCGCCCAGGGAGAGGGUAACGGUGGACUAGGGAAAUGCUGCUAA